CGUUCGAGAGAGUGAGAUGCGUUUCCACCGAACCAACCAACCAAUCCCCGCAGGUGGAAGAAUGUAUAAAAGGAAGCUCCAAGCUUUUUGAGCCUCAUUCACGAUCAGUUCGAUCCUGUGAUCAUUUCUAUUCAACAUGACUCCGGCGAAGUUUGGUGCCGUGGUUUUGCUCGCGUGUUUUGCGGUCGCCUUCGCCACCGACAUGGAUCUGGAUGCCAUGGAGACGAGACACAAGAAAAUGGGACAUCGCGCAGCUCCAGCGCAUUACGCUCCUCAACCUGCCUACGGUGCUCCUCAUCCACCUGCGUAUGGUGCUCCUCAUCCACCCGCUUACGGUGCUGCCCCGUCUAAAGCCAAGGCCCAAAAAGCACCAAAAGCCCCAAAGGCACCCAAGCGUCCACAUCACGCUCCUGUUUAUGCUGCUCCGGCUCCUUAUGCGGCACCAGCGUAUGCCGCACCAGCGUAUGCCCCACCAGCUCCAGCAUAUGCUGCACCAGUUCAGCAUCGACCUGUUGUUUACGCAGCUCCUAAAGCCAAAGCUCCAAAGGCCCCGAAAGCUCCUAAAGCCAAAGCCCAGCGCGCUCCAGCAUACCACCCGGCUCCAAUGCCCUACCGACCACCAGCUCCAGCUCCAGUUCGACCAGUCUAUGCAGCUCCACCUAAAGCUAAAGCUCCUAAGGCACUGAAAUCCAAAGCUCAUCGUGCUCCUGUUUAUUCUGCCCCAAGGCCAGCUGCUUAUUCCGCCCCGAAAGCUAAAGCUCCCAAGUCCAAGGGACAUCCAGCACCAGCAUAUCGCCCUCAGCCGGUUUAUGGUGCCCAUCCACCAAUGAAGGCCCAUCAUAUGGUCGUGUACGCUCCUCCAGCAGCUUCAUCUUACUCAGCCCCAGCAGCUCCUUCCUAUCCACCCCCAGCAGCUCCUUCCUAUCCACCCCCAGCAGCUCCUUCCUAUCCACCCCCUGCAGCUCCUUCCUAUCCAGCCCCUGCAGCUCCUUCCUAUCCAGCCCCUGCAGCUCCUUCCUAUCCAGCUCCGUCUUAUCCAGCUCCGUCUUAUCCAGCUCCAUCAGCUCCCUCUUAUCCAGCCCCGGCAGCUCCCUCUUAUCCAGCCCCAGCAGCACCAUCUUAUCCAGCUCCCGCUGCCCCUUCAUACGUUCCUCCUGCUGCCCCAUCUUAUGCAGUUCCCGAGCCCGUUUUUGUUCCAGAUCAUGCCCCUCAGCCAGCUUACGGCUCGUCACCAGCCCAAUGGGUUGAACCAGCUGUUUCUCAAUGGACUGCACCACCCGCUGCACCUCAAACUAGCUCAGCUCAGAGCUUGCUCGAUCUUCCUUGGCCGAAACCCCUUGGCUGGACUGACUCGAUGGCUCACAUGAUGAUGCCAAUGACUAACGAAGUUUUCGUUGAACCCGCACAACCUUCUUAUGGAUCUGCUCCAGUCCCCGUUCCGGAAGCCCCUUCCAUGUUAGAGAUGCCAUGGCCAGUACCCGUCUACGGUGUGGCUCCAGUUGAACCUGAAUUUGUCGUUGCACCAGCACCAGUAGAACCCGAAAUUAUCUUUGAAUCAGUUCCUGUCGAACCCGAAAUUGUCGUUGAACCGUAUGAGCCAGCUGAAGAACCUGCUGUCCCAAUUGCCGAACCGGCCCCAAUGGUCGUAGAGGUCCCCGAAGAAAUUGUGUUGAUUGCUGUACCGGAAGCACCAGCACCAGUAGAAGUUAUUUCUAUUGUCGAAACUGUUGUUGCAACAACGGAAGCCCCUCAACCUAUCGUAGAAGUUAUUUCUAUUGCCGAAGCCGUCGCUCCAGAAGUCGUCCCCAUCGCCGAACCGGAAAUUAUUUUAGUCGAGCCUGUUGCCCCUGAAACCGUACAAGUUGUCGAGGUUGCCCCCGAAGUAGUUGAGCCCGCUCCGGAAGUUGUUGUCGUUGUCGACACCGUGACGGAAGCAGCUCCUGAAAUUGAAGUUGUCGCCGUUCCAGUUCCGGAAGUUGUCGAAGCGGUGCCAGAGGUCGCCCCAGUUGCCGAAAUUGCCGCUCCGGUUGAAGAAAUCGUUGAAGCAGUACCAGAGGUGGGCCUAGUUGUUGAAAUCGUAACAGAAGCAGCUCCUGAAAUUGUAGUUGUCGUCGUUCCGACACCGGAAGUUGUUGAGCCAGAAGUACCCGAAGUUGCCCCCGUUGCUGAAACUGUGACAGAAGCAGUCGUUGAAGUCGCAUCAGAAGCCGCACCGGUCGUCGAAAUCGUGUCGGAAGCAGCUGUUGUUGCCAUUCUGGCACCAGAAGUUGUUGAGGUUGCUCCCGUUAUUGCCGAAGUUGCUCCUGUUGUUGCCGGAAUUGCUCCUGUUGUUGCCCCCGUCGAAGCGGAAGCUCCAUCUCUGGUAUACUUGCCUCCUGCACCAACUGUCUCUGCUCCUGAGCCAGAAGUGGCCAUUUCUAUAGCGUCCCCUGCCGCUGAAGAAGUUGUUGCUCCAGUUUUGGCUGUUGUUGAACCGGUCGAGGAAAUUGUCAGCACUGCCAAACCAGUUACUGAAGCAGCACCGGCCGUUUUACUGGUACCAGAACCAGUGGUCGAAGAAGUUGUUGAAAUCCAGAAACCAGUUGUUGAGGCGGUGAUCGUAUUACCCGAGUCAGUACCAGCUGUAGAAUUACCAUCGAUUGAAUAUCUUCCACCACUUCUGACUCCCACCGCACCUGCAGUCGCACCAGUUGUCGAAGAAGUUGUUUCCAUCGUUGAAGUGAAACCAGAGGUCAUCGAAGAAGUAGUCGUUGUUCCGGAAACUGAGCCUGUCGUCGAGCAAGUUGUCGUCGUCCCAGAACCGGAGGCUGUCGUCGAACAAGUCGUCGUAACCGAGAAGCCAGCACCAGUUAUCGAGUUGUCUCUUGAAUAUCUUCCUCCAGUCGUUUCUAUCGCCGAAGUGAAACCAGAAGUCGUCGUUGUUCCCGAAGUGAAACCAGAGAUCGUUGAAGAAGUUGUCGUCGUCGUUGAGGAAGUAAAACCAGAAGUCAUCGCCGAGGAAGUUGCUGUCGUCCCUGAAAUAAAGCCGGAACCAGUCGUAGCAGAGUUGCCAUCGCUCGAGUACCUCCCACCCGUUGAAGCGAAACCUGCCGCCAUCUCAGAGGUGGUAACUGCGGCCCCGCAAAUCUCUGCUCCGGCGACAACCGUACCCUCAAUCGCCAGUGUGGAGAUUCCUUCGCUAGAGUACCUCCCACCUCAAGCGAUCGCUGCCAGAAAAAUUCGGUUUGCGGCAUGGAGAACAAAUUAAAAACAGACAAACAAAAAACAAAAAAAGAGCCACGGAUGUGACACUUUUAAAUUUUCCAAUCAUAGAAUGCGUCGCCAUUACUCACACAUACGCAGACCAUAAAUUAUUUUUUACUAUCACGUCUAAUUUUCUUUGUCGUGUUUUUAUUUUGUUCUUUUUUUGUUUCAUGAAAAAAAGCACCUCCACCCUUUGGGUCUGCUUUUGCGACUCGCUCAAAAUUCACCGAAUAUACUGCACUUUCGCUCAA